UCUGGUCGAGAAAACGCCCCCUUCGUGAUUCUUACGUUAGGCCCCUUUUGUCGGAUCCGAGCAUCGACGAGUUUCUUCGAGUCGUUUAGCUCGCACCCAAUCGAAUUCCUGAUAGAUCCGCUCCAGAGAGUGUGUCCAUUGCCAACACGGCGGUUCUUAAGGGUGGGUUUGAAUGGCAUUGAAUCUCAAUCAGAUCGAAUUUCAAUCAAAUCGACAGAUUCAAACCGGCACGGCAGUAUGUCAGAUGAGGAUUCUGCUUGUUCCUGUUGGGUUGACACUGAUUCCUUGGUGGAGGGACGGUGCGUGCCUUGGCUUUUCCUACCUCCACUGGUUAGCCCGUACGUAGUAGUUUUCGCGACUUUUUUUUCUUCUUUGGAAGUACCCGACCGUCCGGAAAGCUGCCAGUCAGAAGAAUCCACCCACUCACUCCAUUCUUUAUACUUCAUACUUCCUAGCCUACGUGCCCCAGUGCCCACCCCAGAGAAAAAGAACCCACAUACUACUGACUACGGGUUAGAUUCCGCCCAGCAAUGUAUCUCAAACACGAGAACAGGUGUGCACAUUGCAUCGUCGAUCGAGUCGGUAUGUGGGUUACUCAAGAGGAGGGAAAUAGCAUCUGCAGAAGACACGAGUUCGUACGGACCAGCUGGCUGCUCUUCGAGAUGGAUUCCAUUUUGUCUUACCGUGCACAACUCGGGAAGGGAUACAUACCUAAAACAAAUGAGUUGUGCUCUGGUAGAGUGUAGAUAGGUGUGUUCUGGCUAUGCGACCUGAAUAAUCCGGGGAGAUGCGGUGUGUAUACACGG